CUUUAGGGUUAUUUAGCUAGUUAGCUAGCUACCGCUGUACGCAUGCAAACAGAACGGCGGCAGACGCCUCUUGCAUGCUAAUAAUCUUACACUGGAUGCUGCCACCCUGCAGGACAUCCCAUGUGGACCUCUGACUUCUGGCCCCAUCUAAUGUGAUUCUCUCCAGUCGCAAACCAUGUCAAGCCAGACAGGAGUAAAGCCCUCCCUACGCUUCGGCCAGGUGGUCAUUGGACCCCCAGGCUCAGGAAAAACCACCUACUGUCAAGGAAUGCAGGAAUUCAUGACUAGCCUGGGACGCAAGGUGGUUGUGGUCAACAUGGACCCUGCAAACGACACACUACCGUACUCUUGUGCUUUAGAUAUCUCAGAGCUGGUCACUUUGGAUGAUGUGAUGGAGAGCUUGAAGCUCGGGCCCAACGGUGGGCUCCUCUACUGUAUGGAUUAUGUAGAAGCAAAUCUGGACUGGUUAGAGAAUAAGCUGAAAGAGCACAGUGACUGUUACUUCCUGUUUGAUUGUCCAGGACAAGUGGAGCUCUACACACAUCAGAGUUCAGUAAAGAAUAUUUUCUCACAACUGGCCAAGUGGAACUUCAGGCUCACUUCAGUGCACCUUGUGGACUCUCACUACUGCGCUGACCCGGCAAAGUUCAUCUCUGUGCUGUGUACUUCCCUUUCCACCAUGCUGCACGUGGAGCUUCCCCACGUCAACAUCCUCUCCAAGAUGGACUUGAUUGAGCAGUAUGGCAAACUGGCUUUCAACCUUGACUUCUACACAGAAGUCAUGGAUUUGACAUAUCUUCUCGAUCAUCUGGCUGCAGACCCCUUCUUUAAGAAAUUCCAUCGUCUUAAUCAAAAGUUGGCCGAAGUCAUACAAGAUUACAGCCUUGUGUCCUUUGUGCCUCUUAAUGUGCAGGACAGAGAGAGCAUGAUUCAGGUCUUACGGGCAGUGGACAAAGCCAAUGGCUACUGCUUUGGAGACCUGGAGGAGAGGAAUCUGCAGGCCAUGAUGUCAGCUGCUGUGGGGGCAGACUUUCAGUUUGACUCUUCUCUUGGAGUGCAAGAGCGUUAUGUCGAAACCAGUGGAAAUACUCUGGAGGAGGAAAUUAUGGAUCUGUAAAUUGAAAAGCCCAGAUAAAAGGACAAAACUGGUUUUGCCUUUUUAACUUCAGUAUACAAGGGGAGUCUUGGCAACAUCCAUCUAACUUGGCCUGAAUUCUGAGCCUCUCUGCGAAAGCAAAGAAGAGAUAGGAACUAAAUUUGGGUGCUGUCGAUUCUUCAACGUUGCACCACACGUCAUAAAAUUCACAAUGAGGACAACCGAGUAGGGUAAAUGCAGAACUUUUCUUCAGUUAUCAUCGAAAGGGGUGCCUUUAUCUCCAAUCAAUGCCAAUACAUUUUCAACAACCCUCAUUUAAAUUCGGAUUUGUUAGAUGUUUAUGUUCACUAUAUUUUUCAAAACAGGUCAAAUUUCUGUGGCUAAGCAUCAUGGGUCAGUCACACUCAUUCUGAAACAAUAAAGUGACUGCAUUGUUUGUGUCUUUUGGGAAUGAAUGAACUAAAAAAAUAAAAUAUUCAUGUUGUUACUA